AUGGGCAAUCAAACAAGUUCUGGCGAGAUUUUAAUGGAUGAAACCAAAGAUUUACUUAUGCUAAGGACUGGAAUGUCAAAAUAUGAUUUAGAAUUAUGGUACAAAGCAAUAUUUGACCGUUCAACGAAAGGCAAAUUAUCUAAACAGCAAAUGAUUUCGAUUUAUAAAGAUAUGAGUGACCUUGAUUCGCAGCGUAUUAGUGAAGUCGUCGACUCGUUAGCAAAAGUGUUCGAUGAAGAUGAAAGCGGAACUGUUGAUAUCAAUGAGUUUAUGCGAGGCUUUAUUUUAACAACUAAAGGUGAUUUACAAUCGAAGAUUGAGUAUACAUUUCGCAUCUACGAUCAAAACAACGACAAUCAAAUAUCCGGUGAGGAGAUAAAACAAAUGGCGAAUUCAGUUACGCGAAUGCUGGGUGGUGAUGAAACCGGUCCUGAUCAAGCAUGCAUUGCAAUCAUACAACAAUUCUUGAAACAAUUUACCGGACAAGGAAACGGUGUUAUUUACAAACAUGACUUCAUUCGAACUGUCAUGCAAAAUCGCGAACUUUUAGCAAUACUUUCACCAUUUUAUGUUUCUAGUAAUCAUCGUAUGUAG